GCUUUGACCCUAGGAAGGGCUGUGUGGGAAGUUUGUGUCUCAGAUAGGCUGAAGCAUUGGUCUGCAGAGUGUCUGGAGCCUAAGUGUAUGCAAAGAAACUGAUAAAUAGGGAAAAGGCCCAGUUUGCUCCAGCUGGAAAUCAGAAAGUUGAAGUAACUGCUGCAUCCUCACAGACCCACUCUAGGAAAGAGGGCAUUCUCUCUAGAACUGCUGUAUAUUUUCUUCUUAAAAGUCCAUCAUACACCAAAGUGAAUGAAACAGUGGGAGCUGGAGCAGAGUAUGGCAAAUACCUUUGUAACUGUAUCUGAUGGGUACUGUCUUGCUGAACCGAUUCAAUAUUAUGAUGUUUUGCCAGACCACAUCAAUUAUCAGCUGCAAGAGUCAGACUUUCAGGCUACUCCUUACUGCCAGUAUUCAACUGUUCAGUUUCCUCCAAUGUUACAGUCACAACCUUCCCAGUCACAAUACAACACAUACAGCCUGGAUUCUCAGUACAGUGAUGGGCAGUACAUAAUCAGUAAUUGUGAAUUAAACAAGCCCCCCUGCAUGGUUGCCCAUACUGAUGAUGAUGGAUAUCAUGGACUAAAAAGGCCAAGACUAAGUCAUUCCUCCUUGCGAAUGAAGGGUCAGGAAGAGCUCUGUGUUGUAUGUGGGGACAAAGCCUCAGGAUACCACUACAAUGCGCUCACUUGUGAAGGCUGUAAAGGAUUCUUUCGACGUAGUAUUACCAAAAAUGCAAUAUAUAGAUGCAAGAAUGGUGGCCACUGUGAAAUGGACAUGUAUAUGCGGAGGAAGUGUCAGGAGUGUCGCCUGAAGAAGUGUAAGGCUGUGGGAAUGUUGGCAGAGUGUUUGUUGACUGAAGUCCAGUGUAAAUCAAAACGACUCCGAAAGAAUUUCAAGCAGAAGAGCAGUUUCCUUUGUAGCAUCAAGGUGGAAGAUGAGGGAGUAAACAGCAAGCAUGUUUCAUCCACAACUAGACCUGGAAAAAUGCAAGAGAGGAUGGAACUAACUCCAGUGGAACAUCAGCUUAUUGAUCACAUUGUGGCAGCCCAUCAAAAAUAUACAAUUCCCCUAGAGGAAGCAAAGAAGUUUCUGCAGGAAACUGCAAACCCUGAAGAGAGUUUUCUGCGGCUCUCAGAGACAGCAGUUGUUCAUGUGCAAGUACUAGUGGAUUUCACAAAGAGACUACCAGGAUUUGAAAGUUUAGCCAAUGAUGACCAGAUUGCACUGUUAAAAGGUUCAACGGUGGAAGCAAUGUUUUUGCGUUCGGCCCAGAUAUAUAAUCAAAGAGCUAAUGAAUGCCAGUCAUCAGUGAGUGAAAGUCAUGUAAGAUUUUCUGAUCACGCUGUGUAUUGUCAUGUUCAAGACAUUGAUAAAAACUCUAUUUAUUCCAUGGAAAUAUCUCACAGUGAAGAGAGUCCAACUUCCACAACUACCACAGGUAUCACUGAGGAGUUUAUCACUGCGCUAUUUUACUUCUACAGAAGCAUGGGAGAACUUAAUGUGACUGAGACGGAAUAUGCCCUACUUGUAGCAACUAUUGUAUUUUUUUCAGAUCGCCCACUCCUAAAAAACAAACAACAUGUGGAAAAACUCCAAGAACCCCUUUUAGGUAUUUUGUACAAAUAUUCAAAAAUUUAUCAUCCAGAAGAUCCACAGCAUUUUGCACGCCUGAUAGGGAGGCUUACCGAACUCAGGACCCUCAAUCACAACCAUUCAGAAGUGCUAGUAACUUGGAGGACAAAAGACCCCAAACUGACCUCUUUACUCUGUGAAAUUUGGGAUUUGCAUUGAACUAACCUAUAUUACUGUUGUUAUACAAAUGGCUGAUUUUCCUUAAACUUGCAGAAAAGCAAACUGUUCAGAAACAUCUUACUUUUAUAAAAACAUACUAAAAUUUUCACUUUUAUUUUA